AUCAGGGAAAUGAACCGAAACCAAGGUAAGAAGGCAGUUGGCUCGGCAGUUGGAAACAAGUAGUUGAGACGAACGGGUGCAAAUAGCUCAUAAGCCAAAUCCCGAAUAUUCCUGGAAAUAAUAUCCCGGCCAUUGGAUUCUACAAUUGGCGCAGCGCGGUACGAUCGAAAUAUUGGAUAAGAUGAACGCUGAUUACAAAACAAGUUGGCCAUUGGAGCCAUUCAACGAUGCAGUGAAUGGACUAGACCUCAGACGUGAGUGGGAAGAAUGGCACCGGUCAUUCGAGCUACUGGUGGAAAUGCGCAACGUCGAAACGCAGCAUGAGAAGCUGGUGCUCUUGCUGACACUAGGCGGUCGUGGCUUGCAACGAAUUUAUUAUAAUCUUGGCCCAGUUAGUGAUGAAAUUCAACCAACGCCGGUUCCAAUACCAUUCAUGCCGGAAGAGGAUCCAGAAUAUGAUAACGCGAUAAAACGCCUUCAAAAGUUUUUCAUCGGAAAGAAGAAUGAUCGCAUCGAGCUGGAAUUGUUCCGUUCAAUGAGGCAAUCAAGCGACGAAUCAUUUAACAAUUUUAUUCUGAGAUUGAGAACACAAGCCACGCGAUGUGAAUUCAAGGACCGUACUGAAAUGGAAAUCCUACAUCAAAUCACGAUGGGCGCUAAGGACGAGAGAGUACGCGAUAAAGGAUUGGAGAAUAUGAUCAACUUGGACGAACUGGUAAAUUAUGCAGUUAACCGCGAAAUACUGAUGAAGCAGAAAGAAAAGACAAAGCCAUUCGGUAACGAGAUUGGACCGGUAGCUGUGGCUGCUGUCCGACAAACACAAAUGCAAAGACCAAGAUUCAGAAGCGUGCGAGGGAGUUAUACCGGUAACCGUACCUUCCGUGAGAGGUCCUUUAACCGAGACAAUAGACCGAUCAAGCGGGAGACCAUGUCCGAAUGUGGUCGGUGUGGCUCAGACCGUCAUCAAACGGAUUCGAAUGGAUGUUCGGCUCAGAAAGCAAGAUGUAAUAACUGCGGUCGCAAAGGCCACUUCGCUCGAAAAUGUUUCACAAGGCAAACCGUUGAACCCAGAUAUCAAAUCACCGAAGAGGCUAACACUCUUGGAAGAGAUGCCGAAUGGAAGGAGGAGCUGCCCCACCGUCCAGAACCAGGAGAAAUGCUCAAGGCAACAAUGUCGAAUCGGAACAGUGGCACUAUCACAUGUUUUGUUGACAAAACUCCGAUAGACUUUCUCGUUGAUUCGGGGGCUUCAAUAAAUACUGUCACGAACGAAGCAUGGCUUGCUCUAAAGGAACAGAAAGCGAAGAUAUUCAAAACUAAAUUUAAAUGCGAUCGACAAUUUAGGGCAUACGCAAGCGAAGCACCACUGAGUGUGCUUUUGGUAUUCGAAGCAUGGAUCUCGAUCAAUGAUACAAAGCCGAACGCUUAUGCCGAAUUUUUUGUAAUAGAAGGGGCAAACAAAUGCCUUUUGAGCAAAAGGACCGCAGAGGAUCUAAAGGUGCUGAAAGUCGGUUUAGACGUCUGCAGGGUGGAACCAGAAAUUGACCCCUUUCCGAAGUUCCCAAAUAUACAGGUGAAGCUGACAAUUGACAAGAGCGUGCUUCCGCGGAAAUUAGCUUAUUUGCGAGUUCCUGCUCCGUUAGAAUCACAAGUUGAUGCAAAAAUUUCUGAAAUGCUACGUAGGGAUAUCAUAGAGCGAGUUAAUGGACCCCCAGAAUGGAUUUCUCCUAUGGUCGUGGUUCCCAAAGGCAAAAACGACGUUCGACUCUGUGUUAAUAUGCGUUAUCCUAACGAAGCUAUUCAGCGAGAGCACUAUCCGUUACCCGUUAUCGACACGUUCCUUAACAAAUUGAGGGGAUCUACCUUUUUCUCCAGACUUGACAUUACAUCUGCGUUCCAUCACGUUGAAUUGCAUCCCGAUUCUAGAGCGAUAACCACGUUUAUGACCGGAAGAGGGCUUAUGCGAUUUAAAAGGUUGAUGUUCGGCAUUAACUGUGCGCCCGAGAUUUUUCAGAGAAUAAUGUCGGAAAUGUUGGCAGGCAUUGAAGGCGUCAUAGUAUACAUUGAUGACAUCGUUAUAGCGGGCAGUACAAUAGCUGAACACGAUGCACGACUUGCAGAAGUACUGGAAGUACUCAAAGAAAACAAUGUAAAAUUGAACGAUGCGAAGUGUUUGUAUCGUGUCAAAGAGCUGGAGAUUUUGGGCUUCAAGGUCGAUGCACUAGGCAUUAGUCCAUCCAACGAUAAAGUUGAAGCAAUAAGAACUUUUCGCCAACCUGAAACGAAAGAAGAAGCAAGAAGUUUUUUAGGACUCGUAAACUUUGUAGGACACUUCAUACCGAACCUAUCCACAAGGAGCGAACCAUUGCGACAAUACAUUCGAGGAGAAGUAAGCGCAUAUGGAGAAGAACAGCGCAAAGCCUUCGACGACCUUCGAAAUGAACUCUCACGUGGUGUUCACAAGCUGGGAUUCUACGAUCCAAAAGACGUAACCGAAAUGUAUGUCGAUGCUUCCCCAGUGGGCUUAGGAGCUGUUUUGGUGCAGAGAGACAAAUCGAAAAUACCAAGGGUAAUAAGCUUUGCGUCCAAGGGAUUAACACCGGCUGAAAAGGUUUACCCACAAACACAGCGCGAGGCAUUGGCUGUUGUUUGGGCGGUAGAGAAGUUCUAUUUAUAUCUGUUUGGUUUACACUUCACCGUUUUCACCGACCACAAAACGCUGGAAUAUAUUUACGGAGGAAAACAUCGCGAUGGUAGACGUGCAUGCUCUAGGGCCGAAUCGUGGGCGCUCCGUUUAUUGCCUUUCGAUUUUGAAGUGAAGCAUAUCCCAGGAGUAUCCAACAUCUCAGACAUACUGUCAAGGCUUUGUCCGGCAUCAGCUUCAGCGUUCGAUGACGAUUCAGAACAUUUUUUGUUCGCUAUCGGUGACAACCCACUCGCUAUUAGUUUGGAUGAAAUUAUUGAAGAAACGCGUCGAGACGAGAUGCUUAUUGCCGUAACUAAUGCAUUACAAACAGAUGAAUGGCCGAAACACCUGUUUCGAUAUCAAGCAUUCAGAAAAGAGCUUGGUAUAAUCAAGGGAGUAAUUGUUCGCGACGAGAGGAUAAUUCUUCCAGACAGACUCAGAACUAAAGCGCUAGAUAUCGCACAUCGUGGACACCCUGGUAUUGUCACCAUGCGUAGGAUCCUCCGCGAAAAAGUAUGGUGGCCAUCGAUGGAUCGUGAUGUGACUAACAGAGUUCAGGAAUGUGCAGGAUGUGCUACCGUGCGCAACGAGUACCCCCCUGAACCCAUGAUGAGGAAAGAAAUGCCUGAAAGGGCUUGGCAAGAAAUUGCGGUAGAUUUCUUUACAGCAAAGGAAUGUGCAACAUUUCUAGUAGUUGUGGAUUAUUUUAGUCGCUUUCUACAGGUCAUUGAAAUGAAAAGCACAAAUGCCAGCAAAACUAUCGAGGCUUUGGAAGAAAUAUUUUCGCAACAAACCUACCCUGAGACAAUCAGAAGCGAUAACGGACCUCCGUUUUCUAGCGAGGAGUUUUCGAGGUACUGUUCACAACACAACAUUAAACUAAUCCGUACAAUCCCUUACUGGCCGCAAAUGAACGGGUUAGUAGAAAGGCAAAACCAAGGCAUUUUAAGAACAUUGCGGAUUGCGAAGGCAACAAAGACUGACUGGCGGAAGGCACUGAAGGACUAUGUAUUCAUGUAUAAUACUUCGCCCCAUUCAGUAACAGAUAAGGCUCCUAUGGAGUUGCUAAUGGGUCGGCCAGUCAAGGACAUGCUACCAUCUCUUAGAACGGAGCCAAGAUUACGCCUUGAGGAAGAUUCCCUAGCUGGAUGCGUGCUUUGGCGAUGCCAAGCAAUGGUGAUCGAUCUUGUGCCAGGCACUGAAUUCCAACGAACGAUAAACGGAAAGGGUUUUACCAUAAACGCGGUGCUCGAACCGUUCUCGUUUAUGUGGGAAAAUCCUGACCUCAUGACAAUCAAUGGUUCAGCAGAACCACAGUUGAGGAUAAACCUGUAA